AUUAACAAGUGCGAGUGCCUCUUCAUUUUGCAUCAAUCCUCAUUCAAACCGAGGAGUUUAUCAAGAGAAAUUAUCAUCCAUUCAUAGGCUUCACUCCAAAAGUGUCGGAUUUCACCCCUUUUGUGAUGGAAUACACGGCAUAACCAUGCAUUGAGGGUGUUUCGAUGUGAUGAAAAUCUGAAAAUCGCUUUGUCUGCAUUGAAGAAAGGGUUGACAAUUCCAGAAGGUUGACAAAAAACGUUCCGACAGAGUAAUUGUGUAACUUGGCUCUCCACCCACAAAUCACGAAGAUGAAACCCAAUGGGUGAGGCUCAAGGAGACGGCCAAUACGACGACGACGACGACAUCAUCCAGAUUAUUGAGCAAUCUCUUGAAAACCGAGGCAAACUUCGUGAUAUCCUCCAACAAAAGGGAGAUCUUCCAGAACCAAAACCAAAGAUUUCAAUCAUGAAGAAGCGCGCCACGCACAUCACCAAUCAAAUCCUUGCGUCAUUCGCCGUGUCAUUCGGACCUUUCGCCGUUGGUCUUGGCAAAGGAUACACGUCGCCAGCCUUGGCCUCGAUGCAAUCUGAAAACCAGACAUCACUCACCACCCUCACCAUCACUGAACAACAAGGCUCUUGGAUUGCUAGUUUAUCUUUAUUAGGCGCCUUAUUUGGCGGUCUUUUCGCGGGCCUCGUUAUCAAGCACGGCCGAAGAAAAACGUUGUGUUACAUCACGUUACCAUUUGCUUCCUCAUGGACUCUGACAAUGUUCGCAACUUGUGUGGAGAUGAUCUACCUGACCGCCUUCUUGGUGGGAUUCUUUUCGGCCAUUGUUCAAUUGGCUACUCAGGUAUACAUUUCUGAAAUUGCCGAUCCUACCAUUCGUGCCAGUUUAUGUUCUGCCGCCAAAGUAUUGUCCCAUAUUGGGCUCUUGUCAUCCUUUGCCUUAGGAGCCUUUUUGGAUUGGAGGCAAUUGGCAUGUGUUUGCGCAGGGUCGCCAAUCAUGCUCUUCAUUACUUCAAGGUUCAUCCCUGAAACACCUUCGUUUUUAUUGUACAACAAUGAAGAGGGCAAGGCUGAAAAGGCCUUACAAUGGCUCCGUGGAAGCAAUGUUGACGUCUCGGCGGAAUUGGCGACCAUUCAUUGCAAUAUCAGGAGGAUGAAGGAACAGGGUUCCAGCUGCAAGACUGUUCUUGUCCCACAACUUGUCAGACCACUUCUAAUUACAUGUGGGCUCAUGUUUUUCCACAGAUUUUCCGGCGUCGCGGCCUUUAAUUUUUAUGCUGUCACCAUCUUUCGAGACUCAUUUGGAUCUUUCAACCCGCAUUUGGCAGCGGUGGUCACGGGUUCAAUUCAACUCUUAGCCUCAUGUGCAUCAGGGAUUCUGUGUGACAUCAUUGGUCGACUGCCUCUCCUUAUUUUGAGCACAGCUCUCAUGUCUUCGGCUUUGGCUGGUUUUGGCUGUUACUCUUACUAUUUCCAUGACAAUUUGCCCUCUCAUUUGGACUGGAUCCCUUUGAUGUGUGUCAUUCUCUUUGUGUGUUCGUUUAGCUUAGGGAUGAAUCCCAUUUCAUGGCUUUUGAUUGGGGAAGUGUUUCCUCUGGAGUACAGAAACAUUGGGCCUUCAAUGACUACGGCCUUCAGUUAUAUUUGUGCCUUCGUGGGUGUGAAGACGUUCGUGGAUCUUCGAAAUGCAUUGGGACUCCAUGGAACCUUUUGGGCAUACUCUGUGAUUUCAGUGAUUGGUUUACUCUAUUCUUUGAUCUUUGUUCCGGAAACUAAAGGCAUCACUUUGGAUGAGAUGGAACCUAAGGCCAGUAUCCUGAAACGCGAGAAAUCCAGGAACAAGGCCUAAAUGCCUAUCAAGACAAUUAGUGUACUGUACAAGUGCUUGAGCUUCUUUAGCCAGGAAACAAUGUCACGUGAUAGUGUGCUUCUUUCAUAGACAAUGUUUUACUAGUGAUCUCCUCCCUGUGGCAACAUGCUUGAAGGUUUUGGGUGUCAAAUAUUUUGUUUGAACAACUUGAUGACUUGAAUGAAGUCAAUUGAUUAUGUGCUGAAAGAAAUGAUGGUACAAACUAUAUUAUACAUCCCUUAGAAAAAUUAAAAAUGGUCAAACAGUGGCCAAAAAUGUGUUAA